CUGAAUUCCUCACUGAUCAGUCGCGUUGUGUCUGUGUCCGGAUCUAGCUGGGGUUGCUUAAUACAAAUUCCAACCGAAGAAGUUCCAAGGCGAACUGUUAAUACUUAAAUCAGGUGCGAAAUGCGUUACCUAAAGUUGAGUACACUCAUCGUGUGCCUGUCUCUUGCCGGGCACUGGCACAUCGCAGCAGGCUACAAGAGCGAGAUCGAGGUCACGCCAGACCCGCUGGAUGUGAUUGAGGCUACGACAAAGAAGUCCAGCUGGUUCGGCGGCUUCAAAAAGUUCUUUGGCAGUAGCGGCGAUCCAACCAGCACGGAGGCCACUACUACCUCGAAAUCGACCUCGACAUUGACAUCGCAAUCGACAACCGCAGCAGGAACUCCCUCCCAGGCCGCCCAGAAGCCUCCACCACUGGUGAUCUCCCAUGCUCCUUUAAUGCCGUUGGGUCCACGGCCCGAUACGCCCAGCUCCUCCCCUUUUGGAGCUGCUGGCCGUCCCCAGUGGCCCACUGACGGAGUGGGCGUCAGUCAUUUCACUACCAGCACGAAGUCGCCACACCAGCCGCCCCCUCACCGGCCACAGGAAGCUGGCGGAGCACCCAAUUUGCCACCAGGAUUCGCCCCCUACCACCCCCAAAAGCCCGAACCGAACAGCUUCGAGUUAAGCUACGGCGGUGGCGGUGCGGGACGUCCGGCAGUGGAUCCGCUGGACAACAGCAAGGGCACAACUACCCAGCGACCCAAGACGCCCAAUGUUCAGCCUGGAUCAAUUGAUGUCCGAUUCGGAACAUCAACAACAACCGCAAAGCCGCAGCCGCAUCCACCGAAGGAGGAAUUCCCGGCUCUGCCUGCUCCCCGUCGCCCAUCCCUAAAAGGUGCACCUUCCUCUCCCACUGCUCUUCCCACUCCCACUCCGUCUCCAACUCCUUCUGCCUCCUCUGCCUGGGCAUCGCCUCUGCCCACGCCCGUGCACCCAGCAGCCCCCGUUCACUCGACUCAGCCCACAACCACUAUGAGGACUGCCAAUGGAGUGUCCUUUCUGCCGCACACGGGGGGGACGGGAGGACACAGCGGAGCUUCCACAACUGCAGUUCGGCCUGGCUUCCAGUCGUCUGGCAGUUCGGUGGCCAGCGACGAUGAGAUCCGCCAGCUGACGGAGCAGCUAUACACCAAGGAGAGCAACAGCCAUGUCAGCCUCGUGCAGGUGAACCUGCAGGGGCGAACGCGCUCCAUCGACAGCGCCGACGAGGCCCCCAAUCCACUCCUCCAGGUAGACCCAAAGGCCUUCGAGGCACCGACCAUUGCCAAGAUGAAGCUGCUCUUCAAUAACUACGAGCAUGACACGCUGGUCAACGAGCACGUGACGGCCAACGAGCGGAAGGAGGAGAACGAGUUCCUGGACGCAGUGAUGGCCACGCCGGUGAUGCGGCAUGCUAUGCAGUUCCUGCAUCAGAAGGGCAUGGUCACGCCCGAUCCCAAGACGCACCGUGACCUGGUCAAGGAACUGUGGUUCACCCAGUACUCGCGCGGGCAGGGCAAGAUCGGAAGCUCCGGCUUCGAGCACGUGUUCGUUUACGAGGUAAAGAACGGAACUAUCAUUGGAUUCCACAACUGGGUGUACAUCAGCGAGGAGGAGCAGGCGGGCCGCCUCGACUACAAGGGCUAUAUGAAGGAGCAGGACAUUGGCACGAAAGGGAAGGUGCUGAAGAUCCGCUUCACGCACCAGGGACAGAACAAGCCCGUGAACACGCUCUUCGUGGGCACCUCGCCGGAGCUGGAGCUGGCCCUCUACACGGUCUGCUUCCAGCUGCGCCCGGACCGCACCUGCCCCGUCUCCCUGGGCAGCAGCAAUUUCGGCAUCGUCACCUACUCUUGGCGCUACCGAGGGAAGAACCUGAUUGGCAGUGCUUACCCAGAGAUUUGAAAACUAGCAGUCCUUAAUACUCGUAGACUAAUUAUUGUUUUGUUUUCUGAAGAUCCAAUAAAUAAUGAAUGAAAGGUGAA